AAGGUACGCGCGACAAACGGCUGAUAGCCAUGCAGCGAAAAAUUGAAGCGGGGAAGUUUUUUGUAUUGACUUGUCGAAAAAUCUCGCCGUCAUGGGGGUUAUUUCCGCCGUAACGGGUCGUCUGAAGGUGGGAACGUCCCAAAUUGAAUCAAAAUAUUGAUUCUAUGCCCAUAUAUGGUCAAAGCUCCGCCCACUAGAAUCAAUAUUUUGAUGCCUCCAUAUUUUGAUUCACGCCGCCUAGUUUGCCCAACUGAAGUGCUGUUUGACAUAAGAGAUUAUAAUGGUGACUCGUGCCUCUCAGCGGUGACAUUAUUCUGUCCAGUGAGCACCUCUCGCGAUGCAGGCUGUAGCGGCGCUCCGCCAGGUGCGGGUGGCCUCUCUGGCGCGCCUGCCGGCCGCCCUGCAGUGGCGCACCUACUCAGACUCGGCGCAGCACGACGCCGACCUGGUUGUGAUCGGGUCCGGACCCGGCGGCUACGUGGCCGCCAUCAAAGCCGCCCAGCUCGGACUCAAGACCGUCUGUGUGGAGAAGAACGAGACGCUGGGCGGCACCUGCCUCAACGUGGGCUGCAUCCCGUCCAAGGCGCUGCUGCACAACUCGCACCUCUACCAUGAGGCCGUGCACGAGUUCAAAAACCGAGGCAUCGACGUCGAGGGCGUCAAACUCAACCUGGAGCAGAUGAUGAACACAAAGAAGAAGGCCGUGUCCGGCCUCACCUCCGGUGUCGCUUACCUCUUCAAAAACAACAAAGUGACGCACGUCAAGGGACACGGCACCAUCACCGGCACGAACGAGGUGACAGCUACGGCCGCCGACGGCUCCAAGGAGGUCAUCAAGACCAAGAACAUCCUGAUCGCCACCGGCUCCGAGGUGACGCCGUUCCCGGGCAUCGAGAUCGACGAGGACACGAUCGUGUCGUCGACGGGCGCCCUCUCGCUGAAGCAGGUACCCAAGAAGCUGGUGCUGAUCGGCGCCGGUGUGAUCGGCCUCGAGCUCGGCUCGGUCUGGUCGCGGCUGGGCGCCGAGGUCACGGCCGUCGAGUUCCUCGGCCACGUCGGCGGCGUGGGCAUCGACGCCGAGGUGUCCAAAAACUUCCAGCGCAUCCUCGGCAAGCAGGGCAUCAAGUUCAAGCUGGGCCACAAGGUGACCGGCGCCGAGCGCAGCGGCGACAACAUCUCCGUCUCUGUCGAGAACGUCAAGGACUCGAGCAAGAAGGAGACGCUGGACUGUGACGCGCUGCUGGUCUGCGUGGGCCGUCGGCCCUACACCGACCGGCUCGGCCUCGAGAAGAUGGGCAUCGAGCGCGACGAGAAGGGCCGCAUCCCGGUCAACUCGCGCUUCCAGACGGUGAUCCCCAACAUCCACGCUAUCGGCGACUGCAUCCACGGCCCGAUGCUGGCGCACAAGGCGGAGGACGAAGGCAUCGUGUGUGUGGAGGGCAUCGCCGGCGGCCCGGUGCACAUCGACUACAACUGCGUGCCGUCCGUCAUCUACACCUUCCCCGAGGUGGCCUGGGUGGGCAAGACUGAGGAGGACCUGAAGGCCGACGGAGUCGAGUACAAGGUCGGCAAGUUCCCAUUCUCGGCCAACAGCCGCGCCAAGACCAACCAGGAGACGGACGGCUUCGUGAAGGUGCUCGGCGACAGCGCCACGGACCGCAUGCUGGGCGUGCACAUCAUCGGCCCGGGCGCCGGCGAGAUGAUCAACGAGGCAGUGCUGGCCAUGGAGUACGGCGCCUCCUGCGAGGAUCUGGCGCGCGUCUGCCACGCCCACCCCACCUGCUCCGAGGCACUGCGGGAAGCCAACCUGGCCGCCUACUGCGGAAAGGCCAUCAACUGCUAGGCGACGGCGGCUCGGCUCGGCAGUCUGUGGACUGCGGAGCGGGGAGGGCUGCUGCAAAUACUAUUGAGUGAUAGACGGACGCGGGCUCCGGCGGAACGGAGUCUGUCAUGUGAGCCGGGAUCGAUAAACGCCACAGCGGGUACGGGGAGCCGGCGGCGGCGCUCUGAGCCGCGCCGUACGGGGGGCCGGCGGCGCUCUGAGCCGCGCCGUACGGGGGGCCGGCGGCGCUCUGAGCCGCGCUGUACGGGGGGCCGGCGGCGCCGUAACGAGGUCCCCGGGUGCAUCGUGCCGGGGGGUCUGUUAGUACACCUGAUCUGGUAAACGUCUAAACGCAUUAUGCAUUUUCUUCAAUUAUUCUCGAGGUAAUUUUUGGAGAAGUUGAGGUUCCGAGUCGCUGCCAGUGUGGUGUUUGUUGAACGGUUAUGGUCCUCGGUACGAAUGCCACCUUCUGCCCCGUAGUGCGUGCGUGUAGAUAUUUCAUGACUGAUAUAUGUUUUAUCCGAUACUAAAACCUGUGUGGUGCUCUCGGUUGUUGUUAUGUUCUGGUUUCGAAUACAGAUGUGUCUGUGCCCGAGA